CACGCGAGUGGGUGGCAGCCUAAUCCUCUAGACUGCGGUUGCUGUGCCGGGCAGGCAGCUGUUUGUUUAUUUGUAAUACGACAGUAAGGAAUAAAUCAGGGUAGAUAAAACAGCCGGAAAAUAUGGAUAACUCCGGCAAGGAGAAGGAAGCCAUACAACUUAUGGCCGAAGCGGAGAAGAAAGUGAAGUCGUCUCACUCGUUUUUUGGAGGAAUGUUUGGAGGGAAUUCAAAAAUAGAAGAAGCAUGUGAAAUGUAUGCAAGGGCAGCUAACAUGUUUAAGAUGGCCAAAAACUGGAGUGCGGCUGGAAACGCAUUCUGUCAGGCAGCCAAACUUCACAUGCAGUUACAGAGCAAACACGAUUCUGCGACCAGCUUUGUAGAUGCUGGCAAUGCCUACAAGAAAGCCGAUCCACAAGAGGCUAUCAACUGCUUAAAUGCAGCCAUCGAUAUUUACACAGAUAUGGGUCGGUUUACCAUUGCUGCUAAGCACCACAUCACAAUUGCUGAAAUUUACGAAUCUGAACUGGUAGAUAUCGAAAAGGCGAUUGCACAUUACGAGCAGGCAGCAGACUACUAUAAAGGCGAAGAGUCCAACAGCUCUGCCAACAAGUGCCUGCUGAAGGUGGCGUCUUAUGGUGCCCAGCUAGAACAGUACCAGAAGGCCAUUGAAAUCUAUGAACAGGUCGCGACCAACACCAUGGAUAAUCCUUUAUUAAAAUACAGUGCAAAAGAAUACUUCUUCAAAGCUGCGUUGUGCCACUUUAUUGUGGACGAACUGAAUGCAAAGCUUGCUGUUGAGAAGUAUGAAGAAAUGUUUCCUGCAUUUUCAGACUCCAGAGAAUGCAAGCUGUUGAAGAAAUUACUUGAAGCUCAUGAGGAGCAAAAUAGUGAAGCGUUUACGGAGGCAGUGAAGGAGUUUGACUCGGUGUCUCGCUUGGACCAGUGGCUGACCACAAUGCUGCUUCGCAUUAAAAAGACGAUCCAGGGAGACGCCGGAGACCUCAAGUGAUAUGUGAAAGACCGCCACGGCAUGCUGCCUCUUACCACAUUUUUAACGAUUGAUUUAUGCAAUAGCCUGUGACCACAUCCGAGUCCACGGUUUUUUCAGUGCUGAAGUAUUUGUAUAACAUUCUAAAAUGUCGUGACUGUAAAAGUUACCCUUUUGUUCCUCUGACUAUGUUUUAGGCUACAAAGCGGUCGUUUUUUGUUGUGCUUCUAAAUGCAGAUCACCCGUGAAGUCCGAAAUGCACCAACAACAAAAACUCAGAGGUAUAUAAGAAA